AUGGCAUCGCCAAGAGGAGCACUCAUGGAGGUGCUCAGACAGUCAACUGAAGGACUGAAGCUCAGGUCCAACGUGGUCCGAGUCUUUGUCAGCUCCACAUUUACAGGUAGGUGUAUUUUCAUGAUGGCAUGGGCUUAGUAUUUUCAUAAUGAUAUGGGUUCAGUAUUUUCAUUGUAGCACGGGCUCAGCCUCGCAUUAUAACAAGGCAUAUACAGUUGCGGCCAAAUAUAUUGGCACCGUUGCACUUAAAUAUCUUAUUUCUUCUCAAAUAAGUUGAAAUUGAAGAAAACCUUUGGUCCCCACACCUUAUUGGAUUUUCAACAUUGCAUAACCACAUUUAUUUUUGAAAACUUAAGUUUACAAUUUUAAUUUUGAAGAUAAAGACAAAUAGCAUGGACAAAAUUAUUGGCACCCCAGAGCUAGUAUUUGGUUGCACAGCCUUUGGCCAAGAUAACUGCAGACAAACUCUUCUUGUAGCCAUCAAUGAGCUUCCUGCACCUUUCUACUGGCAAUUUUGCCCACUUUUUAGCAGCAAACUGCUCUAAUUAAUCCAUAUUUGAGGGGUACCCUCCAACAACUGCUGUUUUCAGCUCUUGCCAUCAUUUAUGGAUGUGAUUCAGAUCUGGACUCUUCACUGGCCACUCCAGAACAGUCCAGCGUCUCUUAUUGAACCAUUCCUGGGUGCUUUUUGAUGUGUGCACCCUGGGAAUUGUUCAUUAUGAAACACUGGACUACUCUGGAGUGGCCAUCGAAGAGUCCAGAUCUGAAUCACAUCCGUAACAUAUGGUGAGAGCUGAAAACAGCAGUUGUUGGAGGGUACCCCUCAAACAUUGAAGAAUUAAAGCACUGUGCUGCUGUAAAGUGGGCAAAUAUGCCAGUAGAAAGGUGCAGCAAGCUCAUUGGUAGCUCCAAAAAGCAUUUGGUUGGCAGUUAUCUUGGCCAAAGGCUGUGCAACCAAGUACUAGCUCCGGGGUGCCAAUAACUUUGCCCAUGCAUUUGUCUUUAUUUUCUCAAUUAAAAUGGUGAAUUUAAGUUUGCAUAACCAAUUGUAUUUUUGUAAUGUUGAAAAUCCAAUAACAAGAUGUGGAGACAAAGUUUUAUUUACUUUACAUUUCAACUUAUUUUAGAAGAAAUUGGGAAUUAUUUAAGAAAAGUGCAAGGGUGCCAAUAUAUUUGGCUGCAACUGUAUUUAUCAGAGAUGUGAUUCUUCAUAAUUUAGCAGAUGUUACAACGGCUACUGGGCCAUUGUAGUGAUGAUAUAUCUGUUUUGAAAGAAUCAUAUCCCUAAUUUGCAGGGGUGCAACUUUGGUUUUAGACGUGGGGUGGGACAUUUUUUUUUUUUAAUCCAGUCAGAUUAACACUCCAAACAACCUACACUACCGUUCAAAAGUUUGGGGUCACUUAGACAAUUCCUUGUUUUCGAAAGCGAAGCAAUUUUUUUGUCAAUUUAAAAUAACAUCAAAUUGAUAAAAAAUACAGUGUAGACAUUGUUCAUGUUGUAAAUGGCUAUUGUAGCUGGAAACUGCUGAUUUUUAAUAGAAUAUCUACAUAGACGUACAGAGGCCCAUUAUCAGCAACCAUCCAUCCUGUGUUCCAGUGGCACGUUGUGUUUGCUAAUCCAAGUUUAUUAUUUUAAAAGGCUAAGUGAUCAUUAGAAAACCCUUUUGCAAUUAUGUUAGCACAGCUGAAAACUGUUGUGCUGAUUUAAAGAAGCAAUAAAACUGGCCUUCUUGAGACUAGUUGAGUAUCUGGAGCAUCAGCAAUUGUGGGUUCGAUUACAGGCUCAAAAUAGCUAGAAACAAAUAACUUUCUUCUGAAACUCGUCAGUCUAUUCUUGUUCUGAGAAAUGAAGGCUAUUCCAUGCGAGAAAUUGCCAAUAGACUGAAGAUCUCGUACAACGCUGUGUACUACUCUCUUCACAGAACAGCGCAAACUGGCUCUAACCAGAAUAGAAAGAGGAGUGGGAGGCCCCGGUGCACAACUGAGCAAGAGGACAAAUACAUUAGUGUCUAGUUUGAGAAACAGACGCCUCACAGGUCCUCAACUGGCAGCUUCAUUAAAUAGUACCCGCAAAACACCAGUGUCAAUGUCAACAGUGAAUAGGCGACUCCGGGAUGCUGACCUCGGCAGAGUUGCAAAGAAAAAGCCCAGUGUCUGUGUUCUUUUGCCCAUCUUUUCUUUUUAUUGACCAGUCUGAGAUAUGGCCUUUUCUCUGCAACUCUGCCUAGAAGGUCAGCAUCCCGGAGUCGCCUCUUCACUGUUGACGUUGAGACUGGUGUUUUGUGGGUACUAUUUAAUUAAGCUGCCAGUUGAGGACCUGUGAGGUGGAGACGACGAGUUUCAGAAGAAAGUUCUUUGUGUCUGGCCAUUUUGAGCCUGUAAUCGAACCCACAAUUGCUGAUGCUCCAGAUAUUCAACUAGUCUCAAGAAGGUCAGUUUUACUGCUUCUUUAAUCAGCACAACAUUUUUCAGCUUUGCUAACAGAAUUGCAAAAGGGUUUUCUAAUGAUCAAUUAGCCUUUUAAAAUGAUAAACUUGGAUUAGCAAACACAACGUGCCAUUGGAACACAGGACUGAUGGUUGCUGAUAAUGGGUCUCUGUAGGCCUAUGUAGAUAUUCCAUAAAAAAUCAGCCAUUUCCAGCUACAAUAGCCAUUUCCAACAUGAACAAUGUCUACACUGUAUUUCUGAUCAAUUUUAUGUUAUUUCAAUUGACCAAAAAAUAUAUUUCUUUCUUUCGAAAACAAGGACAUUUCUAAGUGACCCCAAUCCUUUUAACGGUAGUGUACCUGACCGCUCGGAGGCGUCCGCAUGGUCCGUUGCCUCGUUUUGUAUCACAUUCCAAUAAUAAAACUGGGGGGGGGGGGGGACAAAAAUGCAAUUUCAGAAUGUGGGGGAGACAUGUCCCCAGUGAAAGUUGCGCCCCUGCUAAUUUGUAAUCUUUCAGUGAAUAGCCUUGUGUUUAGUUUUGGGUAACACUGCAAACCUUGUGUGUUUUCUAACCUGAUGUGACCGUUGGCAGAUAUGAGCAGUGAGAGGAAUGCCUUAUUGGACAAAGCCUAUCCUGAACUUCAAGUCUUUUGUCAGAGUCUGGGCUUAGCGUUUGAGGUGAGUAGCAGUACAUUACGGGUGGCCAUCAGAUACAAUACAUGUAAAUUAAUUUUAAUUGUGUAUGAAUUCAAAGAUCAUUAUUCUGAGAGUGUGAUGUUAGUAUUGUUGGAGUAACUUUUGUAUUUAAAGUUCUUUAUUCCUGAAGGUUGUGGAUAUGAGAUGGGGUCUCCGGGAUGCAAUUGCUGUGGACCACAUGACCACAGAACUGUGUCUUCAGGAAAUAGAGGCUUGCAAGAAAGUAUCCGUAGGACCAAGUUUCAUUGUAAGUGUUGUUCCGUGCUGUUCCUCUAGCACAGGGGUCCAACUCCGAUCCUGGAGAGCUACAGGCUUUUUUUCUAACCCAGGACAUUAAAUAACUGUGGCCCAGACUGAAGACUGAGAAUUUGAAACCAGUAUCCCCAACGUCUGUUCCAUGGUGGUUCAAUGUAAUUUCAUUGAAAUGAUGUGGAAACAACGUUGAUUCAACCAGUGGGAUGUACAGUACCAGUCAAAAGCUUGGACACACCUACUCAUUCCAGGGUUUUUCUUUAUUUGUACUAUUUUCUACAUUGUAGAAUAAUAGUCAAGACAUCAAAACUAUGAAAUAACACAUGGAAUCAUGUAGUAACCACAAAAGUGUUAAACUAAUCAAAAUAUAUGUUUUAUUUGAGAUUCUUCAAAAAGCCACCCUUUGCCUUGAUGACAGCUUGCACACUCAACCAGCUUCAUGAGGUAGUCACCUGGAAUGCAUUUCAAUUAACAAGUGUGCCUUCUUAAAAGUUAAUUUGUGAAAUUUCUUUCCUUAAUGGGUUUGAAAAAAUCAGUUGUGUUGUGACAAGGUAGGAGUGGUAUACAGAACAUAGCCCAAUUUGGUAAAAUACCUAAUCCAUAUUAUGGCAAGAACAGCUCAAAUAAGCAAAGAGAAACGACAGUCCAUCAUUACUUUAAGACAUGAAGGUCAGUCAAUAUGGAAUAUUUCAAGAACUUUUAAAGUUUCUUCAAUUGCAGUCGCAAAAUCCAUCAAGCGCUAUGAUGAAACUGGCUCUCAUGAGGACCACGACAGGAAAGGAAGAUCCAGAGUUACCUCUGCUGCAGAGGAUAAGUUCAUUAGAGUUAACUGCACCUCAGAUUGCAGCCCAAAAUAAAUGCUUCACAGAGUUCAAGUAACAGACACAUCUCAACAUCAGCUGUUCAGAGAAGACCGCAUGAAUCAGGCCUUCAUGGUCGAAUUGCUGCAAAGAAACCACUACUAAAGGACACCAAUAAGAAGAAGAGACUUGCUUGGGCCAAGAAACACGAGCAAUGGACAUUAGACUGGUGGAAAUGUGUCCUUUGGUCUGAUGAGUCCAAAUUUGAGAUUUUUGGUUCCAACUGCCGUGUCUUUGAGACGCAGAGUAGGUGAACGGAUGAUCUCCGCAUGUGUAGUUCCCUCCGUGAAGCAUGGAGGAGGUGUGAUUGUGUGGGGGUGCUUUGCUGGUGACACUGUCUGUGAUUUAUUUAGAAUUCAAGGCACACUUAACCAGCAUGGCUACCACAGCAUUCUGCAGCGAUACGCCAUCCCAUCUGGUUUGUGCUUAGUGGGACUAUCAUUUUUUUUCAACAGGACAAUGUCCCAAAACACACCUCCAGGCUGUGUAAGGGCUAUUUGACCAAGGAGAGGGUAAUGGAGUGCUGCAUCAGAUGACCUGGUCUCCACAAUCACCCGACCUCAACCCAAUUGAGAUGGUUUGGGAUGAGUUGGACCGCAGAGUGAAGGAAAAGCAGCCAACAAGUGCACAGCAUAUGUGGGAACUCCUUCAAGACUGUUGGAAAAGCAUUCCUCAUGAAGCUGGUUGAGCGAAUGCCAAGAGUGUGCAAAGCUGUCAUCAAGGCAAAGGGUGCCUACUUUGAAGAAUCUAAAAUAUAUUUUGAUUUGUUUAACACUUUUUUGGUUACUACAUGAUUCCAUAUGUGUUAUUUCAUAGUUUUGAUGUCUUCACUAUUAUUCUACAAUGUAGAAAAUAGUCAAAUUCAAUGAAAAACCCUCAAUGAGUUGGUGUGUCCAACCUUUUGACUGGUACUGUAAGUGCUGUCUGCUGUGCUGGAUCAAAAGCCUGCACACCCAGUAGCUCGCCAGGACAGGAGUUGGAGAACCCUGCACAAAUGUUAAUUGCUCUUCUUUUCCUUGAAUUCAAUGGUUUUUGAAAGAUAUAAUCCCAGCAGUGUUUUAUGUUUUGAUUUCAUUUGAUUUGAUAUGUCUCCUGGUUCUCAAGGCUCUGCUGGGGAACCGGUAUGGCCACCGCCCUAUCCCCCGUGUCCUCCCAGGAAAACAAUUUGAGGUGCUGCUGUCCAAGCUACCACAGGACCAGGUGGGGCUUCUCCACCAAUGGUUCAGGAAAGACAACAAUGCCAUCCCGCCCGUCUACGUUCUUCAGCCAAUCACAACUCUAUUGCCCCACUACAAUGACCUUCGGCCUGAGAGUGGGCCACUGCAGGACAACAGUGUCAUUUCCUGGCGUUACACAGAGGCUCGACUAUUGCAGCUCUUACGCACUGCGGCCGUGCAGGCUGAGGAAGACGGGGAUAUCUCUGCUGAACAAAAACACCAGUUCUUCAAAUCUGGUCAGAGCUUGCCAAUGUCUUGGACCAGUCAUGUUAGAAUAGGAGCAAGCUAAAAAUCUGUUAUGUUCUACCUUGUGAUUUGUAGACAAGUGUUGCUAGAUUCUGUCGUGGUGGCUUUCUAGUUACAUUUCCACUUAAACUACUAUUUAUUCACAAUGACUUAUUAGCUGUAACUUAUUGUAGAAAAUCCACAUUUGUAGAACCGAUCAACCCAUUUUCUUCUGUUCUUCCUCCUCCAUAGUGGCGGAGCAUGAGAUAGAGGAGGGUCUGCGAACGCCAGAUGGGGACGAGAGCGAGCCCUCCGCCGUCCUGUUCGUGCGGGAGCUACCUCACCUGCGCAAGAAGGACGGCCCGAAGCGGCUGGCCCAGUACAUGGAUGUGACGGCUGAUGGCCUGCUAGAUACAGAGGCUCAGGACCUCCUCUCGGGCCUCAAGUCGCGUCUCUACGCCGCCUCGCCGGGCAUCCUCAACCUGCACUGUGUGGAGCUGUGCAAGGGAGCCAUCGAGCCCAGCCGCAAGGAGCACGCACAGUACCUGGAGAGUCUCUGCGAGCAGCUCGUGUCCCAGACGAAGGCUUGCAUCGCCAGGAGGGUUGGUGCUGGUUCCCCAAUGGAGGCUGGUGCAGGGAGGAUGAAUGGGGCAGGAGGAGGAGAUGCAAGGCAGAGGGAGGGGGAAGAGGACAGAGGCUGGCUGCUCCAGGAGCUUAGUCACCACAUGGCUUUGAGCGCCGGGAAGUGUUUGGGUGUGUUCCGCGGCAGGGAGGGGCUCCUGGGGAAGAUCUGCCUGGCCAUGUGGGAGCACACCAACACCCGCCACAUGCCCCUGGUGGUGCACGGGCUACCGGGUGUGGGCAAGACAACGCUGCUCUGCAAGCUGGCACAGGAGAUGCGUGGCCUCCUGGACCCCAGGGCUGUGGUGGUGCUCAGGUUGCUGGGGACGUCGGCAGAGAGCUCCGACUUGGACCGUGUCCUCCAGAGUGUCUGUUUCCAGAUCUGCUCUGUGUUCAGUUUGCAGCCCCCCACCCCGAUAACAGCACACACGCGCGAGGACCUUGUGAGGUUCUUCCAUGGCCUUCUAGCUGAGGUGUCGGAGCGAGGAGACACACUUCUUCUCAUACUAGACUCCCUGGACCAAUUGUCUCCGGCCACCCAAGGCCAGAAACUCCACUGGCUACCCAAAGACAUCCCCCCCAAUGUCCAUUUGGUGGUGUCCACCGAUACAGGCUCUCCAGUUUUGGCUAACCUUCGGAGAACGGUCGAGGUGCUGGGAAAUUUCUUUGAAGUAGAACCCCUAUCAUGUGACCAGGGUAGAGAGAUCAUGGAUGCCUACAUGAGGGAAGCGCAACGAAGCCUGACUCCAGAACAGUGUGAAGUGGUCCUGCGUAGCUUUCAGCUGAGUGGGAAUCCUCUGCAUCUGAAGCUACUGCUGGACAUGGCCAGGCGAUGGGCGUCCUAUACCCCCGUGACUGACCUGGCUCUGAGCAGCAGUGCACAGGAAGUGAUGUCACAGCUACUCCAGGCCCUUGAGGAGAGGCAUGGGAAGAAACUGGUUGGCGCAGCCUUAGGAUACAUUGUUUCUGCUAGGUGAGGUGUUUGUGUACACACAUAGAUGCAUAGUCCACAGGAGGCUGGUGAGGGGUGGACGGCUCAUAAUGGCUGGAAUGGAGUGAAUGGAAUGGUAUCAAACACAUGGAAACCAUAUGUUUGAUGUUUCAUUCCAUUCCAUUGAUUCCGUUCCAGCCAUUACUAUGAGCCCGUCCUCCCCAAUUAAGGUGCCACCAGCCACCUGUGAUGCACACACACACCCAGACACACCUGGUGCAUUACCCGACAAUACAACAUUGAUAAUUCAGUCAAUAGACCACUGGAAUAUCAUGCCAGAGUCCUACUUUAAUUUACAGACAAUCCAUAUCACAAAUUCCCAGGUCAAAAGUUGCCUUAUUUCCCCCCUUAUCACAGGAUCAUAAAUUGGGGUUAGAAAUGGUAAUCCAUCCUUAUGUUUAUAAUUAUUUAUUUUCCUAAUGAUUAUUACUCAUUCUAUUCUCCAGGGGUAGUUUAUCAGAGGCAGAGCUGCGUGAUAUCUUGUCCCUUGAUGACAAUGUCCUGGCUGAAGUCUACCAGUACUGGCUUCCCCCCAACCACUCCCUCAUUCGCCUCCCCCCUCUACUGUGGGUGCGCCUCAGGCAUGACUUGGGAGAACUCCUCGUGGAGGGACAGGCCAAUGGAAUCAGGGUGCUCAACUUCCACCACAAGUAAAUAUCCUCUCAAUAUAUCUCAGCCAAAUGGGUUUAGGGGCUGGUGUCCCUAACUCAGAUUAAGCCUAUUUUUUGGCUUAAAAUCUAUUUUAAUAAUGGAGAUUUUCCAUUGAGCAUGCUUCCAGUCCAGGAGUAGGCCUAAUCCAUGUCCGGGAAACCGGCAAAUACUACUUGUAUUGAUCUACUUAUGGCAGAAAUUUGUGUUUGCACCUUCAAAUCCUGUACUGUGUCUGUAUAAUUUAAUAUGGUAAUAGGCUGUUGACUGAAACAGUGCAAGAGAGGUACCAGAGGUCAGAGCAGCAGGCUGACAGACACAGGGUCAUGGCUGAGUACUUCCUGGGUAGCUGGAGCCAAGGCCGAUUCAAAGCUGUCCUUCUACCUCCACUGACGACCACAUUGGACGCUGACCGCAAGGUAACAGAAUGAUGGGAUUUCAGUUCCUAUGAUGACACAGAAUGGCACCUCAAAGAACCCUUAGAUGUGUUUUCAAUAAGAAUUUGUGUACUCCUCUAGUCAUUAGUCAUAGUGUAAGAAACGUCCUCAGAGUGGUAUUGAAGCUCGAUAACAAACCAGGGACCUUUUAAGUUUCAAGUUUUAAUGUCACAUGCACAAGUACAGUGAAAUGUCUUUCUUGCAAGCUCUAAACCCAACAAUGCAGUAGUCAAUAUCAAUGUAGUACUAAAAUAACAUGAGGUAGAAUGAAAAAAACAACAUAUGUAUGCACUCACUAACUGUAAAUCGCUCUGGAUAAGAGCGUCUGCUAAAUGACUAAAAUGUAGAACAAAAACAAAAAAUUGAAAUAAGAACACUAAGUAAGCAUAUUAUAUACAGGGUCAGUUCCAAUACCAUAUUUACAAUGUGCAGGGAUACUGGAGUGAUCGAGGUAGAUAUGUAUAGGGGUAAGGUGACUAGGCAUCAGGAUAUACGAUAAACAGAGUAGCAGCAGCGUAUACAGUAUGAUGUGUGUGUGUUUGGAGUCAGUAUAAAUGUGUGUGUGAGCAAAUGCAGUGUGUGUGUGUGUGUGUGUGUGUGUGUGUGUGUGUGUGUUGGAGUGUCAGUGUGCGUGAGUGUGUAGAGUCCUGUGAGUGUGCAUAAAGACAGUGCAAAAUAAAAAUAGUCUGUGUAGCCAUUUUGUUAGCUAUUUAGCAGUCUUAUGGCUUGGGGAUAGAAGCUGUUCAGGAGCCUGUUGGUGUCAGACUUGAUGCACCGGUACUGCUUGCCCUGCGGAAACAGAGAGAACAGUCUAUGGCUUGGGUGGCUGGAAUCAUUAACGAUUUUCCUGGCCUUCCUUUUACACCGCCUGAUAUAGAGGUCCUGGAUGGCAGGGAGCUCGGUCCCAGUGAUGUACUGGGCUGUCCGCUCCACCCUCUGUAGCGCCAUGCGAUCGAGGCCGGUGCUGUUGCCAUACCAAGCAGUGAUGCAGCCAGUCAAGAUGCUCUCAAUGGUGCAGCUGUGGAACUUUUUGAGGAUAUAAGGGCCCAUGCCAAAUCUUUUCAACCUCCUGAGGGUGCCUUCAUGUCUGUGCGUGUGUGUGUGGACCAUUUUAGGUCCUCAGUGAUUUAGACACAGAGGAAGUUAAAGCUCUCGACCCCCUCCACUGCAGCCCCCCCAAUGUGGAUGGGGGUGUGCUUGCCCCCCCCCCCCCCCCCCCCAGUUUCCUGCAGUCUACACUCAGCUUGGUUUUACUGACGUUGAGAGAGAGAGGUUGUUGUCCCGGCACCACACUGCCAGGUCACUGACCACCUCCCUGUAGACUGUCUCAUCGUCGUCGGUGAUCAGGCCUACCACCGGCGUGUCGUCAGCAAACUUGAUGGUGCGUGGCCAUGCAGUCGUGGGUGAACAGGGAGUACAGGAGGGGACUAAGCGCACACCUCUGUGGGGGGCCACAUGUUGAUAUUCAGCGUGGCACAGGUGAUGUUGCCUAACCUCACCACCUGGGGUCGACCUGUAAGGAAGUCCAGGAUCCAGUUGCAGAGGGAGGUGUUCAGUCCCAGUGUCCUAAGUUUGGUGACGAGCUUGGAUGGGACAAUGGUGUUGAAUGCUGAGCUGUAGCCAAUUAACAGCAUUCUCACAUAGGUGUUCCUCUUAUCUAGGUUGGUGAGGGCAGUGUGGAGUUCAAUUAAGAUUGCGUAAUCUAUGGAUCUGUUGGGGCGAAAUGCAAAUUAGAGUGGGUCUUCAUGAUUACAGAUGUGAGUAUUACAGGAUGGUAGUCAUUGCGGCAUGAAGCCUUAGAGUUCUUGGGAACAGGAAUGAUGGUGGUCAGCUUAAGACAUGGGGAUUACAGACUGGGACAAGGAGAGGUUGAAAAUGACCGUGAAUAUGCCUGCCAGCUGUUCUGCGUGUGCUCUGAGAACGUGCCCUGGAAUACCGUCUGGCCUUGCAAGUGUUGACCUGAUUAAAAACCUUACUCACGUCGGCCUCGGAGAGCAAGAUCACCCAGUCCUCUGGGUCGGUGGGGCCCCUCACGCACGGCACGGUGUUGUUUAAGGCUCGGACACACCGGUAGCGUUUGCUAGCCGAGAGUACUUAGCACCUCAACAGAGUGCCGGCCAUGAUUUGCAAACCGAUUCUACAGGUAGAAUCGCGCGAAAAUGUCUGCAGUCAGACGUCCACCAGGGUGGUCCCUAAAACACACUGCGCCAAACAAACAGCAGAUGAACGGUAGAUCAACAUUCGGUGUGGUAUGUGUGUGGUCCCUUAGAUGUUUAGAGAGAUGGUGGUCCGUUUGAGCUGGAUAAAAUCUCUGACCCUCAGGGCCUUUUUAGAGAGAUCACAAUACAACAACAAAACCCUACAGUAAAUAAGAAAUGGAACUAAGGAAGUCAAAUUGAUAGAGAUGCACAAGAGGACAUGUUUUCCACUUAAUGACAUGGAUGGCGCUUUUGAUACUACCAUGAAGCUAACCGGACGUGUUUCCAUAGUGACAAUGUUUCCACAGGUUAGUUGUGUUUUGUUGAAUCAUUAAUGUACACCUGUCUCCUCUCUCCACUGGCAUGUUGCCAAGGUGCCCCGUCAGCCCCUGUGGUUCGCUAAAGGAGUGGCAAAUGUCAAGAAGCUGCAGGAGCUGCCCUACCACCUCCUCCACGCAGGCCUCUGGGAGGAGCUGUGCCAGGAGGUCAUUGGUAAGGCCCAAGGUCACAUGCCCCAAGGGAAUGCAAGAGUCAAUGGUGGGAAGAGCCGAUACUGGCAGACAGGCUUGGCUGAUUUGAAUUCUCUUAUUGUUGAUGUCAGGAAGUUGCCUUACUGUGUAUGAUGAGGUCAUAUUACAAAGUCGACCUUUAAGCUGCGACUUUUUGCCCCACAGGCAGUAGUGAGUGGCUGUACUGUAAGACUCUGACCUGUGGCGUGGCCAGUGUCAUUGAGGACCUGACCCUCUGCACCGAGCUCAUGGACUGUCCCGAGACUCAACUGAUCCGAGACACUUUCAUUCUCCUCAAGCCCACCCUGGACUUUCUAGAUGGACAGAUGGGUCAGUAUCUAUUUGGUCAGGGGGGGUGGUAUUGUAGUCGAGUGUUACGUGUUCAAUUAAUGCAUGUUCUGUUGGGUUUAAAUCUGUCCUGUUUCAGAUAAAGUAGCUAGAUCACUAUUUCACAUAUUUACGAGCCAUGCAACAACAACAAAAAAUCAUAGAUCAAAAGAGAAUGAGUGCUAACUGUAGGGUAGAUUAUUUGGUUAUUGAUGAUUCUAGUCCCUCAUAUGUCCCUCUAUGGCUUGGAACCAGAAACAUUGACAUUAUACUUAUGAUGGAUAGAUGGGUGGAUGGAUGGUACUGUAUCAGGAGAGCCUUCUCUUCACACUGUCUCACCAACCGUCUCACUCCAUUCUAAUACUAUAUUUCCUCUCCAAAGACCGCUCCCUCUUCUACACAGAGGUCUUGGCCAGGCUCCACUCCUUCGCUGAGAUGUACCCUUCACUAAUAGGACGACUCUGCUGCCAGUGUCACGACUGGCUCUCGUGCUGUCCCGACCCCAUCCUUGUCCCCAAGUGCACCUUCCUCCAGCCUCCAGGGGGGGCGCUAAAGACAACACUUGCUGGUUUCCAUAAAGGUUUGUACACAUAGUGUAGGAUUUGCUUGUUCGUUGCAGUUGAGCCCAGGAGUAGGAUGAAGUAUCCACCAGAUGCUGAUCUAAGAUCCGUCUGUAUUUCACCUCUCCAAUGGUUAAGGUUAGGAUAUGGGAUGGGUAAGCUGAUCCUACAUCUGUGCUUAAGGACAACUUCUUGUCUGUCUGUCUGAAGGGGUCACAGCUCUGGAUGUUUGCCCAGAGAAAGGGCUCCUGCUGGCAGGCUCAGAGGAUGGGAAGGUGAUCGCCUGGGACCUCAAUGAUCUAGAGGUCAUCCAAACCCUAGUGGGACACACAGGUGAGGGCAAGUGUGUGUGUGUGUGUGCGUGCGUGCGUGUAUUUCUGAGGAAAGUUAUUUGAGUUUGUAAUGAAUCACUGUACAUCAUAUCCACAUUCUGCUUAUUCUUGCAAAUUCUUUCUCUGUGUGUCUACUUAUUUAUGCUCUACAGCUAAGGUGCUAUCAGUGAGAGUGAUUGACAGUGGCGCUCACUGUCUCUCAUUGGCUGCUGACGGGACUCUGAGGAGGUGGAGCCUGCUGAGUGGCAGGCAGCUGUACUGUACCCAGGAGGCGGUGUCCAUUAACUCCUCACCUUCCACCACACACAUCCACGUGUCUGAGGAGAGGGCGCUUGUCUUCACCCACUCUGGAGGCCAAGUAUGACAAAGAUGUGAAGGGGUUAAUUGUCUUCUAUCAAAUUUUCAAUCAUUCUGUUUCCAACCUUUUUUAUAUUUACACUAUGGACUCCCCAAAUUAUUAUAAUCUGCACUUUAACCAAAGUAACGCUUCUGCUUUACCUGCAGGUGAAAGUAUGGCAUCUUAACACAACAGAACUACUCUUCCAAGUCAAAGAUACCGGUGUCUCCAUUAUUCUUGGAUUAUUGAACGGAAUGGUCGUCUCCCUCUCAGACGGAGGACUUGUCACAUUUUCCCACCCAUCCGCCGAGGCCAAGACAGCGCAGAUAUAUUUGGAAAACACUUCACAUAGUUUGACCAUCACAGCAACCCUUACACUGCAAAAACAUGGCCGACUACUUAUAGCAUCCAAGGAGGGCUUCCUCUAUCAGGUACAAAUUGCUGAAACAUGUCCAGGAGGAGGAUGAUUCAAUUUGCUAUAGAUGGACUGUAUUUCUGAUUUUAAUGGCAAUGGUUUCUCAUCGCAUUCUGUUUGACUAUCUGUCGUUUGUAGGUUUCCAGCACUGUACAGGGCAGACAGUCACAGUGGACUCUGAGGACAGACAGUCACAGAGCUUCCAGUCUGUGCAACCUUCCUCUACGCCUCAGAUGACGAAAGGAUACUUUUGGCAGGUAGCAGUACUACAGUACGGGAGGACCUUAGUGGGAACCCCAUGAAUGGCAUUGACACGGUGUAGCCUACCUCUGUGUCUCUAUGGUUCAAUGGAAUGGAGUAGAGUUUCAUUCCCAUAGGGGCCACAUAUAGCCUGGUCCUAGAUCAGUUUAUGCUGUCUCGCUGACUUCUUGACUAUGGGAAUUAGCAAGACAGCACAAACCGAUCUGGAACCAGGCUAGGCCACAUACUGAAUGUGUUAACUGUAAAUCUCCUUGGAUAAAAGUGUCUGGCAAAUGACUAUUAUAUACAGUAAUAUUCAUAUCAUUACAGGCUGUGAGAGGACACUGGUCCUGUUCCAUAGAGAGUCGGACUAUGUCCAGAGCUUCCUGGAUCUGCACCAUGAGGACACGGUGUUGUGUGCCUGUGUGUCCAGCGACAGCAGAGUGGUCGUCUCAGGGUCUGAGGACCAAAGGAUACGGGUCAGUAUUGGUUUUUUGGUCCCCAUGAAAAUGAUGCACUUAUUUAAAACGUAUUUCUAGACUGUAAUGUAGUUAUUAUUGUGCAAGUUCUCCCACUUAAAAAGAUGAGAGAGGCCUGUAAUUUUCAUCAUAGGUACACGUCAACUAUGACAGACAAAAUGAGAAUUUUUUUCCAGAAAAUCACAUUGUAGGAUUUUUAAUGAAUUUAUUUGCAAAUUAUGGUGGAAAAUAAGUAUUUGGUCAAUAACAAAAGUUUCUCAAUACUUUGUUAUAUACCCUUUGUUGGCAAUGACACAGGUCAAACGUUUUCUGUAAGUCUUCACAAGGUUUUCACACACUGUUGCUGGUAUUUUGGCCCAUUCCUCCAUGCAGAUCUCCUCUAGAGCAGUGAUGUUUUGGAGCUGUCGCUGGGCAACACAGACUUUCAACUCCCUCCAAAGAUGUUCUAUGGGGUUGAGAUCUGGAGACUGGCUAGGCCACUCCAGGACCUUGAAAUGCUUCUUACGAAGCCACUCCUUCGUUGCCCGGGCGGUGUGUUUGGGAUCAUUGUCAUGCUGAAAGACCCAGCCACGUUUCAUCUUCAAUGCCCUUGCUGAUGGAAGGAGGUUUUCACUCAAAAUCUCAUGAUACAUGGCCCCAUUCAUUCUUUCCUUUACACGGAUCAGUCGUCCUGGUCCCUUUGCAGAAAAAACAGCCCCAAAGCAUGAUGUUUCCACCCCCAUGCUUCACAGUAGGUAUGGUGUUCUUUUGGAUGCAACUCAGCAUUCUUUGUCCUCCAAACACGACGAGUUGAGUUUUUACCAAAAAGUUAUAUUUUGGUUUCAUCUGACCAUAUGACAUUCUCCCAAUCCUCUUCUGGAUCAUCCAAAUGCACUCUAGCAAACUUCAGACGGGCCUGGACAUGUACUGGCUUAAGCAGGGGGACACGUCUGGCACUGCAGGAUUUGAGUCCCUGGCAGCGUAGUGUGUUACUGAUGGUAGGCUUUGUUACUUUGGUCCCAGCUCUCUGCAGGUCAUUCACUAGGUCCCCCCGUGUGGUUCUGGGAUUUUUGCUCACCGUUCUUGUGAUCAUUUCGACCCCACGGGGUGAGAUCUUGCGUGGAGCCCCAGAUCGAGGGAGAUUAUCAGUGGUCUUGUAUGUUCUCCAUUUCCUAAUAAUUGCUCCCACAGUUGAUUUCUUCAACCAAGCUGCUUACCUAUUGCAGAUUCAGUCUUCCCAGCCUGGUGCAGGUCUACAAUUUUGUUUCUGGUGUCCUUUGAUAGCUCUUUGGUCUUGGCCAUAGUGGAGUUUGGAGUGUGACUGUUUGAGGUUGUGGACAGGUGUCUUUUAUACUGAUAACAAGUUUCAAACAGGUGCCAUUAAUACAGGUAACGAGUGGAGGACAGAGGAGCCUCUUAAAGAAGAGGUUACAGGUCUGUGAGAGCCAGAAAUCUUGUUUGUUUGUAGUUGACCAAAUACUUAUUUUCAUCCAUAAUUUGCAAAUAAAUUCAUUAAAAUCAAAUAAAUCAUUAUUAUAGAUGGGCUUACUCAAAGAAGUCACUUGUUCCCAAUAAUGAACUUUGAACCAACUGUUUUAGCAUGGUCCCAGAUCUGUUUGGUCAUUGGUAUAGCUACAACUUUGAUGUAACAUCCCUAGAUAAUGUGUCCUUGUGAUAUCCUACGUUCCUAAAUUGUGCCCCAAAACAUGAAGAACUUCCUAAUAUUGAGUUGCACCUCCAAUGCUUCCCACAGUUUCAAGUUGGCUGGAUGUCCUUUGGGUGGUGGAUCAUUCUUGAUACACACAGGAAACUGUUGAAUGUGAAAAACACAGCAGCGUUGCAGUUCUUGACACAAACCAGUGCGCCUGGCACCUACUAGUUGGCAAGACAGCACAAACAGAUCUGGGACCAGGCUAACAUUGAUCCGCUCUGCUUUUUACAGGUGUGGUCUAUAACCACGGGAAACCUCCUUGACUCUUUCCUUGGCAUGGAUGCCCCUGUCACCACUCUGGCUCUGUAUGAGGGCACUGUCGUCUCAGCCUCCUCCUCAGCCUACUACCUGAAGCUGUGGCAGCUGCCCUCACCCAACGACCCUCAGCAGAAACCCAAAGGCUGCAUCCCAGCUGGAUGCCCUCAGGUUGCCCUCACUAAAGAUGGCGACAUGGUGUACUAUGUUAGAAACAUAGGCCAGAAAGAAGUGAUUACAUGGAAUUGUCACACAGGUAAAAAUACAUACUUGCACCAUAUGUUUGGGUGAAAAUAUGAACUAUGUGGAAUAAAAAUUGUCAAGCAAAAGUUCAUAGGGAUAUAUUUAUCAUAGAGAAAGAAUAGCAAAUAAUGUUACAAAUGUAAGUGUAUAAUGUAAACCUAGAGGGGCUAACGGACAAGUCUCAUUGUAUGUUCUCAAUAUCCACAUGCAACAGGGAAAAUAAUGGCUUGUAUUUGACAAUGGGGGUCCAUUAAAGAGAAUCUCUCUCAUGUUUAUCUCAGGCUCUUCCGCUGACACAAUGGCUGUCUCUGCUGAGGUGUGCUGCCUGGAGCUGGCCCAGCGCAAGAAACUCCUCUUCUGUGGCCUCAAGACUGGCACGGUCCUCAUCUACCCCCUGGCCUUCCCCAAAGAGACCCUGUGCAUCCCACCUCCUGAGGCUCUACCCAUGGUGCGCUGCAUGGCCAUUGGCAGCCAGGAGAAGCACAUGGCCGUGGCCUACGAGGACUCAGUGUGUCUGUUCGAGAUCACGGCCAGGGACAGUUUCCCCAGCGUGGAGGGGCCCUCCGCGAGGUUUGCCCUCUCCCUGCUCCACUCGCCCGUCUCCUCCAUGGCCCUGCUCCCAGACUGUAGGCUGCUGUACGGGACGGCCUGCGGGGAGGUCUGUAGCAAGAUUGGCCUACAUUACCCAUAAUGCUCUGUAUGCCUACAACAUAUUUGGUUUUAACUUAGUAAAGAUGUUGCUAUAACUAACAUUAUGAUGUCCUGUCUCCUUAUCAAUAUAAGGUCACCAUGUAUGACUUCAAGUCCGCCUCAGCCGCCACCCUGGAUGGCCACCGCAGCAGGGUCACCUGUGUGACGGCCAGCAACUGGGGGACGCACGCCCUUGUGGGCUCAGAGGACGCCGUGCAGAGGCUGUGGGGGCUUACCCCCCUGGUGCUGGAUCACACCAUGGAGUACAAGGUCAGAGGUUAAAGGUCAACGGUUUAGUUAGGGAGAAUCUAUUUUUCAGACACACCUCAGAUUGACUCAUUGACAUAAAUGUGUUUGUACCUUUUGAAAUACAGGGGUUCUGGUUUGAAGGGGUUCUCUGUUCAGCUUUCUCUGAGAGUGACAAGUACGUCUUCACUGGAUCCCAGGAUAGAACUAUUAAAGUCUGGGAUGUUGCUAGUGGUAUGUGCUCAUGACAUUUCUCUAUUUGAGUUUUUUGAGAAUUGUACAUUGUUUGUUUACUACUAUUACAAAACAUUGUUCGCUACUAUUUCAAACCAUAUGUCAAACCGAUAUUGGUAUACACAAAUUGGCAAAUACCACUAAAUGUGAUAACCUUUCAUAUUCUUUAUCCCUUUUUUGACCCAGGGAGUCUGUUAUUCGUCCAGUACGUCUAUGCUCCUGUCACCAAAAUGUUGACCUACAGGAAUGGCUUCGUGGCAAUCUCUCAGCUGGGCUACGUCAUCAAGGAAGGAUUCCGCUGUCCGGAUGACGUCAGUCCGGAAUACAACCCACUCCGGAAUGUCAAGGCACAGUACAGGGUCACGUCCCGGGAGAAGAGUGCAGACAGCCCUCACAGCGUCAUCACAGAGAUCCCUGAGUACAAUCCUGCUCAGUUUAACUUCAUGGCCCUGAUGCUCAAGACCAAACCCUCUCACUCAUGCCAACUGUUGUAA